AAGCUUGACAUUGUUUACAAACAGAAACUGCUUCCAGUCGGCAUUCCAAGUUAGCGCGUGCCGUGGAGCUAAAUGUUAUUUUCCGUUAUUUGUGUGGACUGUUUUCUGACAAAGAUUGCCACCAACGAGCUUUCUGCACCAACAACAUAAUGACAAUGAGAAAAAUGAUAUUCCGGUUAGUUUUGCUAAUUAACUACGUUAGAGACAGUUAGCUAACAGUUAGCUAGCCCAACAGAUGUUCUGCAGCAUGGCUGUGAUUCAUUUCAACAGGUGUUAGCCACAGGGAGCCACAAUAUCUCUCGAGGUUUCUCAUCGGAAACUAUCAUGAAGAGAGUUGUAGGUUAAUGUCGGCGGCUAGGUUAGCUAUAACGUUAAUAUCUGUUCAACUAUAGCCAGCUGUUAAUGUCAGUUGAACGUUAGCUAGUUUGUCACACUUGGUUGUGUGUGUCAUGCUCCUCGGCCGCUUCUUGUUGAGCCCGGUCAGACCGACGUGUUCAAAAAUAGUUGGUUUGCAGAGUGUUUUUGUUGUUAGCGGACUAUCAGAUCAGAGGCUGUAUCCCACAUCUACCAGUCACUGUCAUAACGUCAGCGCGCUGAAGCCAUCCGCACACCGGUUCCGACUGAAGGCACAGUCCUGUCUCUAUCAGCUAACACUGUGUGAUAUGCAGCCAGACAAUAUCUCGUAUGCGGUUGCCUCAGAUGAUGAUGAUGAUGAUGAUGAUGGUGGUGGUGUGGUUGGACAGGAGAGUCGGACAGAACAUGAGAAGUUGAAGAAGAUGAUUCCUGGUCAGAUGCAUGCAGUCAGCAUGGAGGUCCAGCAAGAUGAGACUGACACUGUAGCCUCUACAGUGUCAGCAGCUCCAGCAGGAUCAAGUGAGAAGAAGGAAAAGAGGAAGAUGAGGAGGGAGAAGAGGAAAUUGAUGAAGAAGAAGCUCAAGUUAGCUGAUACUUCGGACAAUUUAAUGUCAGAGCUUCCGUUUUCUCUGACCAGCCCCACCACAUGGAAAGAGCUAGGAUUCCCCAGCCCAGAGUCAACCCAGAAGAAGAGAAAGAGGAAGAGAGGAGACAGUGUAGAGCAAGUGGGCAGUGAAGAGGAUGCAGAGAAGAAGAAAAAAAAGAAAGAGAACCAGCGACCCAACUACUUCGUCUCCAUCCCGAUCACUAACACAGAGAUCACUUCAGCUGUGAUCGAGGUCCAAGAGGCGGUGCUUCAGCAGGAGCCCCGAUUGGCCAAAGCCAUGAUCCCUGUCCCAACUCUCCACAUCACGCUAUUAGUCACUCAUCUCGCCAAUCAGGAGCAAGUAGAUCUGGCGGCAACCGUGCUGGCUCAGGUCGAGCAGUCAUUGGACGAGCUGCUGGGUGGGCGGGAUCUGGUUCUGCCCUUCUCUGGGAUCGGUCAUUUCAGGAAGGAGGUGGUGUUUGUCGGGCUGGCCCCCGGACAGCACAGACACACACUGGACAGUCUGGCAGAGUUGUUGCAGAGUCGUUUUGUGGAGCAGGGUCUGCAAAUUGACAGUUGUGGGUUUGAACCCCACCUCACUAUUAUGAAGCUGUCCAGAGCAUCAAAACUACGAUCCCAGGGUGUAAAGCGUGUGGACCCAGCCCUCUACUCCAGCUAUACAAACAGGUUUUUUGGAGACCAGACAGUUGAGCGGGUGGACCUUUGUUCCAUGUUGAAAAAGAAGCAACAAGACGGAUAUUACCACAGUGAGACUUCACUACAACUUGAUUUGGUUCAGAACCCACUCCGUGCCAGACGCUCAAGCGGGCGUCGCCGGUCUGAGCCCGACGAGGCGGAGCUGCUGAGGGUCAGCAGGCGAUUGGUCGAGGAUGCUGUCAAUCGCGCCUUGCAACAGUACAAACAGGAAACGCUUCAAAAUGGGGGUGGGCCUAAUGCUACAGCAGUGCAGCCCCCUGGAAACACUGAGGAAACUGCAACAAAGACGGACGCUACAGCUAACUCAACCACAGACAACAGGAAGUGACAUCAUCAGACUGAGGUACAGAGACUGAAAAACCAGCUGCCCAGAAAACAUCAACCUGGCUAACCAGGAGAAGAGUCAGUAAGCCCUGGGCACAAAGCCUGAACCAGCCAACCAGUCAGCCCAGUUUGCUGACUAGCUAACCCAGCUAGCCCAGUCAUGCUUGCUACCUGCCCAACUGACCUAGCUUGACACAGUGCUAGUUAAAUAGAUAAUGUAGCUUGAGUUCAGUGCUAGGUGACCGUCUUAACAGGCCAGCUAGCUAAGCCUGUUAGUUAACUCACUAACUCUGGUGUCCUACAUCUAACAGCAAAGAUAUCAACCGUCACUCAACUGUGGGCCUCUGCACGUCAAACCCAGACAACAUAUGUGAAGCACUCCUCUAGAGACACAUGUAGGGUUCACUUUUACCUGUCACUCACAAACUGCCCUUUUAGAAUAAGAUAAAUCACGUUUUGGACAGUUUCGGUUUACCAUCACCUGCACUUAAAAUGGAACACAAUAUCCUCAAUUUCCCUUUGAAAAAAACUUUUUUCUCCUUCACUUCAUUGUUUCAGGUGAAGAAAAUAUUUUACUUUUCUUUUAGCAUACGUUUGUAAAAUCAGUGCUGACUUUAUUGACAAAGGAUUACUCAUGGGCUCAUCUUUGUGGCUGAAGAGGAUAUAUGAAGAGAGCUGGUUUGACUGACAGAGUCUUCAAACUUAAGUGUGAAAUACAGUAUGUUGGACUUGGUCUGUGCAAGUUUUUGUUGUAUUGUAAAUCUGGGUUCAAAGCACUUUCAAUUCAGUUUCAGGAAAUGGAUCUUCUUUAAACUUCCAGCAUUUCAUUUCACUUUUUCCAUAAGAUGUCUGUCUGCAUUUUUGUCUUUAUUCUAAGUUGUUUAUAGAAAAUGAUCUGGCCCCAGCUGUGCUUUAAGUAUUAUACAUUACUGUUGUAUUAACCAAGUGUGUCCUAGGCAGUCCCGCGGCAGGACUGAGACAAUCAUCAAUUUAAGAUCGGUUAUAAGCAUUUUAUGAAAGCUAAACUAAGUGAUACCAGCUUUUCGAAACCCAAUCUGGACUCUUCUGUUGAGUCCACAAACACUAUGGGAGCAUAUAGACUGGUAUCCCUCUGUCACAUUAAUUUAUUCAUACUAAUAGCACUCACUUUACAGAAGAUGUCAGGUGAAUUGGAGAGACUUCAUUGGGGAUGCUACAAAUACAAUAACACUCCUACAAUACACUACAAGUUGCCAAGAAUGCAUUUUUACUCCAUUAAUGCCAAAACCUCCAUUAAUGACCUGAGUGCUUGUCUCAGUAAGUAAUUUUUCUGUUCAUUUCAUAACUCAGCUUCCUGCCUGAUCAUAUAUAAAUGUAAUCAUUUUUUGUUCGUUGUUCACAUACUAUUGUUCACAUGCUAAAAUAUUUUCAGUUUUUUUCUGUGAAAUGUAUUUGUAGCAGCAGCAGAGCACACGCAGGAUUGAUUUUGUGUUUGUCCUUUAAAUCCUCCAUUCAUAAAUUACGUGGGUAAUAGUCUAUAAUCACUCAAGUCUAUAAUACAGACAGAAGCCUGGCUGUUUGAGGCUCCAAGUAUAUUGGGAGUAUUUAUGCUGAUCUGAGGAGCUUUCAUCCUGUUAUACUGUACAUGUAAGAGCCGUUAUGCUGAUGUUGGGAAGGUUAACUCAGACAAUCGCUGCUGUCAGCUGAAAACCCUCCAGCUCUUAAUUUCACUGUCUUCCAUCCUUUUUAUUUAUUUUUUUUCAUCUUGUAAAUGAAAUUGGCCUUUCAUGCUCUGCAUUUGACCCCACAGCUCAUGACAUCCAUUCAGAAGAUGACGAUGAUGAUGAUGAAACAGCUAUGAUAAAGAUGAUUGGUUUACUCUCUAACAUUAUAUAUCUUAUUUUAUCCUUUUUAACUAUUAUUUAUAAUGCUUUGCUGCUGCAGCAGAAUAGCUGGCUUCCCUGUUAGAGAAAUUAAUUUCAUGUGAAAAAAUUAAGAGACUUAAUUUUGAAGCACUCAGAAGGUGCAUUCAAAGGUGAAAAAAGCACAAAAUUAUUAAUUAGUUUUUUUGAUUGUCUUUGGUUUCACUUUUUAAAGAGCAGGCAAAUAUAUACAUGCUGUUAAAUCAAAUCACCUCUGUUCAAAGUGGCCUUAAGUCACUAAAAUAAAUUUAUGUGAUUUUUUAGUUUUACUGGAAGUGAUUAAGAUGAGAAUGCAUAGGUAAUAUUUUUAGCCAUUGUCAGUGAUGAUUGCUCAUUUUGCUGUGAGCUUGAGUCUCUUAAGUGUCAACCUGUGGCUAAAGAAUUGGAUUCUUGAAUUAAAUGUCAACAUCGUCCACCAUGAAACACAAUUCAUGUUUCUAUUAGAAAGCAAAUCAAUAUCUUUGUAUGUGGAUACAGAGAAACUUUUCCAGCUCAGAUUUUCAGCCGUAUGACGUUUUAUUUCCCUCCAGUGCGAACAGGUGUGAGCUGGAAAAUAUGCUCUCAUCCCUGUGAAAUCCACUUUAAGUCCUGUCACUGUGGGCUCAUUGAAACAACGAUAACGGAAUGAAUUCUGUCUUAAGGUGGACUUUAAACGUUUUCCUUUUGAUCUUUUAUUGUCACCGGAUCCUUAAUCUCCUUAACAUCCCCUUUAAUACACAAGUUGUCCUGUUGGCCUAAAUGGUUAGUCUGUUCAUCUGUGUGUGUGUGUGUGUGUGUGUGUGUGCGUGUGCGUGCGUGCGUGCGCGUUCACACGUGACUGUAGGAUGGUUGAUCAAUGGUUCCCCAGAGAAAUUCUUGUCUCUAUCAAUCAUGGCAACUCGGAACUGUGUGUGUGUGUGUGUGUGUGUGAACGUCUUUCCAUUUGUCCAUAGGUGUGUUGUUUGUACUGUGUUGUGUAUAUAUUGUUCUGUCAUAUUUGAACAAUAAAACAGGAUAUGAGAUUCAAAACCAA